UGACAUUAUAUGUAUGUACUAGCCCUACAUAUUCAAUAGCAACGACAUGUUUAUAAAAUAUGUUGGAAUCUAAUCUACCUACUCAAGAUUUUGGCAGGUACUAUUUUUAAUGCGAUAAGAUAAUACUGAUAACCUGCUUAAGUUCAUCGGAUAAAAAAAACAUUUCCUAAAAGCGCAUGGUUACAAACAAACAAUGCGGCGGGUUACAAGAAAAAUAGUGAUUUUUGUAUUCGGCAUUGCUUUAAUUGUGAUUUAUUGUGAAUUCCUGAUUUACUAUGUGGUAAUCGCACAGUGCGGCUGGUGGCCAUUACCAAAUUCAAGCGGACCAGUGUUAAAGGCCCUCUUCUUGUCGGACACCCAUUUGCUGGGAUCCUAUAGAGACUCCUUAUUCAUUAAAAUAAGACGCGAAUGGCAAAUGUACCGGGCCUUCCAUGCUAUCAUUGAUUUACAUUAUCCAGAUGUGGUUUUCGUGUUAGGCGAUCUGUUCGACGAUUAUCAGCAGACCGACGAACAAUUUCUCAAAGACGUCCAGCGUUACAUGCAGUUGUUCGAAUUGCCACAAGAUAUUAAAAUGCACGUCGUCCCUGGCAACCAUGAUAUUGGAUUCCAUCCCAAAAUGGGAUACGAAAAUGGACCACAAAGAUUUAGGAAAAUGUUUAACGUUUCAACAGUGCAGUUUCUCACAAUAAAAGAUAGUCAUUUCGUUCUUUUGAACUCGAUGGCUAUGGAAGGCGAUAAUUGUUCCCUGUGCCUUGAAGCCAGAAUCGAAAUAGAUAAAAUUUCAGACAUGUUAAAAUGUUCAGAAAAUCAAGACCAGUGCCAGACCCAAGACCAGACACCGAAACUGAAAUAUAGUAGACCAAUACUUUUGCAGCACUUCCCUCUAUACCGAUUAUCUGAUGAACCGUGUACGGAGCCAGAUUCUGCACCGUCAUGGGAGAAGAAAAUUAAAUUCAAAUUGAAAAAAGAUGUAUUAUCUAAAGAAGCGACGGACUAUCUCGUUUCUAAAUUGAAACCCAGAGCCGCAAUUGGAGGUCACACACAUCACGGAUGCAGACUCCAUCACAAAUAUAGUGAUGCAGACUUUUGGGAGAUCUCCGUACCGUCUUUUUCGUGGACAAACAGGCCUGAUCCCAAGUACAUGCUGCUGUCUAUAUCACCGGAUGCAUAUACCAUACACAAAUGCGGCCUACCUUCAGAAAUCACCAUCGCAAUAACAGCCGCAACAUUUCUAUUUCUUCUUAUAUACUACAUUAACCGGAGAACCAUAAGAAUGAUCUCUUAGUUAUCGUUAGUGGAUUAAAUCAAAUACGAUGUUAAUGCCGAUGAUUAUAUUUGACAAUAAAUAUUUUUGACA